ACAUUACCUAUCUACUCAUACAUGAGUAAUGAUAGCAAGGUUUUACACCCACACACUGUAGGCACUCGGUGGAAGUUGAUUUAGAAAUUCGAAACUGAAGUUAGAUAUCCUGAGGUGUAUAUAUAUGAAAGAUGUAAUAAUGCAAUGCCGCCUUGAUAUAGAGAUAUAACAAUCCUCCUUGACCUGGCCUCGAACCUAGGAGGGCCAGAACUAAACCAACCAUGCCACGCGACCCACUAAAAGAUAAUGUGGAUCAUUUGAAUUGUCAUCAUGAAGAAAGUCUUAUCCCAUCUACCAACAGUAACACCAGUUAAUGUUAACCAACUUCAUACUCGCAGUAAUGCCUCGGCAGGACUAUGGCUGGUCAUUUUAAUACCACUGGCUUGUAGUCCUGGGCUAUAUGAAGCAUACUCCCACUGCACCCCAACACCCAAGCUUUUGGCUCUGUUAGCAUUCCAGGUUGGAGUAUCAGGAAUACAUCUAUAUCACAAAUUCUGUCUGUCAGGAAAACAACAAAAUGAAGAACAAAGCAAACCAGAGGUAUCAUUUUUAGGAAAAUAUGUGUUACAUCCAUAUAUUCCUGCAAUAGUCACUGCAGCAGCUCUGUCUCUCCUUACUGGUAUAUCUCCUCCAAUUGCAAUCAUAAUCUCAAGUAUAUGCUUGUUGGUUAUGUAUACCUCAACCAAGUGGCUCCUCACAAAUUUUCCUGGAAGUUUUACUCUAGGAGAAGGAGCUUUGCUGGGGCAAGCUACUUCAUUGUCAAUCACUUGGUCGGUCUAUAGUCUAUUUCAGACUACUCUAAGUCAACAACAGUUGUCAGAAACACAGGAAACUAGUGUGUUUAUUCAGACAGCGAUACUGGUUGUGUUCCUCUUCACUGCUGGGUUGUACAAAUUACCUCCACUCCGAACCCCUAAAAUAUUUGUGCUAUUCAUAUGUUUGUCUGGAGCUGUUGGAGUGUUGGUAACAUCAUUGAUUAUGGGGCAGUGGUCACCUCUGUGGCUGUUUGAAAUCAUAUCUGCAAAACCUGGCAGACAGAUUUUGAUGGCUUGGUGGUCACUUCUCAGUGUUUUAUCUGUGGUCAUCACCAUAAUAGCUAAAAGGACAAAAAAGCUACCAACAACUAUUCUUCGGAAGGUGUAUCAUUUGAUUAUAGUUCUGGUAUUUACACCAGGUAUUAUAUUCGAACCAACCAUCACUCAACUGGCUGCAACAGCUGCAUUGAUGCUAUGCUGGAUAUUGGAGUGUGUCAGAGAUCUGAAAAUUGAGCCCAUUGCAUCUGUAAUAUAUGAUGCUUUCGUAACUUUCUUAGAUGAGAAAGAUACAGGUUCAUUGAUUUUAAGUCAUCUCUACCUGUUAGCUGGAGUUGCUGCUCCACUGUGGAUCAGCCCAUGUCCUCUAAAAGAAUCACCUAUUGGCUUAAAGACCGCAGGGAGUUUAUUGCCUCUCCUAGCAGGUAUUCUAGCAGUAGGUGUUGGUGAUACAGCUGCUUCAGUAGGUGGAACAUAUUUUGGUAAAAGGCACUGGUUUGGCACCAAAAAAACUGUAGAAGGAAGUUUAUGUGGCAUCUUGGCUCAAAUAUCAAUGGUAGGUCUCCUAGUAACAUUUGGAAUAAUCAAAAUGUCACUACCAGCAUGGGGGCGGCUCUUUCUCUCGACUAUUGUAGUGGCAGUUGUUGAAGCUCUAACCGAUCAAGUGGAUAAUAUUGUUUUGCCAUUACUUAUGUACACCCCACUUAUGGACAUAUAGUAUUGGGGAAAAUGUGUUGUAUCUAUUAAAAAUUAACUUCAUCUGUGGAACUGUCUUAAUCAAAACAGUGAAGGCUUAUAGUCACCUUUAGAAUGCAUUUAAAAUUUGUCCUUUUUCCCAAAUAAAACAGUGUGCGUGUGUGUGUGUAUAGUAUAUAUAAAUAUAUAUAAAUAUGUG